AUGCGCUUCGGCAAGACGCUCCACACAUCGGUGUACCCGCCAUGGAAGGACAAAUACAUCGACUAUGGGAAGCUGAAGACUAUCCUGCGCGAGGACAAGCCCGACGACGAGGACGAGCCGUGGACGGGGGACGAUGAGAAUCGGUUCUGCGACGAGAUCUUCAAUGUGCAGCUCGACAAGGUCGCUGGGUUCCAGGCUGAGAAGCUUGCGGACCUGCGCCGUCGGGUGGAUGGCGCGUUUGAGAAGCUGAAGGAGAUUCCGACGGCGGGUGAAGAGGGAAAAGAUGGGAAAGAUAAUGAGGAGGGUAAGGAGGAGGACAAACGGAAGCCUGCGGCGGACCCGCAACAAUUGAAGGACCUCGAGGCGGAACUCGAUGCGAUCACGAACGAAUUGAAGGAACUGCAGAAAUACAGCAACCUCAACUACACGGGCUUUCUCAAGAUUGUCAAGAAGCACGACCGGAAACGCGGCAACCGCUACAAGAUCCGGCCGAUGAUGAUGGUCAGCCUGUCGAAGCGGCCGUUCAACUCGGAGCAAGUGUACUCGCCGCUGCUCAACAAGCUGUCGCUCAUGUACUUUGCCAUCCGCCAACACCUCGAGGAGCCUGGCACGGCGGAUGCGUACCCGGUCGACCCGGACAGCCAGGCGGAGACGCACAACGGGGAGAAGUACACGGCGCACAAGUUCUGGGUGCACCCGGACAACCUGCUGGAGGUCAAGACGUACAUCCUGCGGCGGCUGCCAUCGCUGGUGUACAGCGAGCAGACGGCCAAGGAGGCGGACGGGCAGCAGGACCCGACCAUGACGUCGCUGUACUUUGACAGCCCCAAGUUCGACUUAUACCUGAAGAAGGUCGAGCGCGAGACCGAGGCGUCGUCGCUGCGGCUGCGGUGGUACGGGCAGCUCAGCGCGCGGGCGGAUGUGGUGCUAGAACAAAAAAUAAUCCACGAUAACGGCAGCAGCGAGGAACGCAGGUUCGACAUCAAGGAGAAGUACAUCAAGCCGUACCUGGACGGGGAGUACAAGAUGGAGAAGACGGUGCAGAAGAUGGAGCGCCAGGGCCGGGCCCCCGAGGCGGUCGAGGAGUUCCGGACGACGGCGGACGCGAUCCAGGAGUUUGUGCGUACCCACGGGCUCGAGCCGGUGGUGCGGGCCAACUACCGCCGCACGGCGUUCCAGAAACCCGGCGACGACCGCGUGCGCAUCUCGAUCGACACAGACAUCGCCUUCAUCCGCGAGGACACGCUCGACCACACGCGACCGUGCCGCGACCCCAGCCAGUGGCACCGCGCCGACAUCGACAACGGCGACAUCGCCUACCCUUUCCGCACCAUCAACCAGAGCGAGGUCUCACGCUUCCCCUACGCCGUGCUCGAGAUCAAGCUGAAAGAAGACGCGCGCGGCAAGCGACCGGCCUGGAUCCAGGACCUGAUCGGCUCGCAUCUCGUGCACCCCUGCCCGCGCUUCUCCAAGUUCGUCCACGGCACGGCGUCGCUGUUCGAGGACUACGUCAACCGCCUGCCCUUCUGGCUCUCCGACCUCGACACCGACAUCCGCAAGGACCCGCAGGUGGCCUAUGAAGAGGAAGAGUCGCGUCGCGCCCAACGCGCCGAGAACGAGCAGGUCGUCGGCAGCUUUCUCGGCACCAAGCUCGGCUCCUACAAACCCUCCCGCAGCUCCCCCGUCGCCAAGUCCUACCUCGCCGAGCGCCUCGCCGCCGACACGACGCAGACCCCGCGCUCCGGAGCAGCCGCCGACGAAUCCGGCGAGCCGGCCACCCCCCGCCAACAACCGCGGUCCUCUCAGGACAGCGGCAGCAACAUCAAUAACAACGGCUCCAAAUCCACCCUCGACUACGGCACCCUCUCCUCCGUCUUCCCGGGUUUCUCCCUCUCCAAAUACGCCCGCGCUAAACAGGCCCGCGAAGACGGCACUGCCACUACCCUCCCCCCAGGCGUCACCGAACCCACGGAAUGGAUCAAAAACGCCGGCCCCCUCCAAAUCGAACCCAAAGUCUGGCUCGCCAACGAGCGGACCUUUCUCAAGUGGCAGCACGUCUCUGUGCUACUCGGCGGGUUGGCAGUGAGUCUGUAUUCGGCUGGCGGGGGAAGCGAGAAUGCGCUGGCGCAGACGAUGGGCGCUGUGUUUGUGGGGGUCGCGGUGUUUGCCGGGGCGUGGAGUUAUUGGGUGGCAAUGAGGAGGAGGGCGAUAAUUGUGCAGAGGAGUGGGAGGGAUUUGGAUUUUGUGGUUGGGCCGUUGGUGGUUAGUGUUGCGUUGGGGAUGGCGUUGGUGGUUAAUUUUGGGUUUGCUUACCGGAAGGCAUUUGGACACGACCUGUUCAGCGGAGGUUCUGUGGGCAUGGCGGCUGGGAAUGGGAGUGUAGUUGGUGGUGAGGUGGGGGAUCUGCGGAUUUAA